CCGGUCCAAUCAUUCUCCCUUCGAAGCCAUGGUGCAGCUGUCAGUGCCAUGGACUCCAAUACCUCGUCAGGGGCCACCUUCAUUUCAGCUGACUCCGAUGGGUGGGUAAUUUGGUGGAACAUUAGCAUAAAAAGGCCUAUUUUGAAGUGGAAAGCUCAUCAGAGUAAGAUCAUCAGUGUCAAACUAUUAGGGCAUGAAAGGGUAAUUACACAAUCAAGGGACUCUAGUGUUAAGAUUUGGCAGCUCGGUCAUUCUUCGGACCCUACAAUGGACCCUAUAAUAGAGGUACCCAUUAACUCAUUAAACUUCUGCAACGUUGAAUUCCAUGAGCCUAUACUAUUCACACCAGCAACUAUUGACUCAAACAAUUUUGACAUGUACAAGCUUCAAGUUUCCAAAGAUGGAUAUGAAAUUUCAAGAGUAAUUGCUAACUACAAUGUGCAUGAGUUGUAUUCUCGCCAAAGUCCAGUAAUAGAUAUACCUUCAGAUCCUGAACUUGCCAGGUCAGGUUUUGGUAUCAUAAUGAGAAUGGUAUUCAUUGAAGAAGAGAGUAACCUCUUCCUUGGUUUUGAGUCGGGUCACGUCAUUGGCGUACAUAUCGACUUUCAAGAGUCAGUAGAAAAUGUCAAGUCAAAUGAGAGGACUGUAAUCAACAAAGAUCCAAAACUAAAAUUAAUAUAUUCUGAUUCUUCACACUCACCUAAUCCAAUAAUCACACUUGUCCACCUGAACAAUCGCAUCAUAUCAGGAUCUACGAAUAAGAAACUUGUGAUACAUGACUACAUAUCGAGUCGACAACAGGUGAAAAAGUUGUCGAAUGCAGGAAUUGAAUCCAUUUGCCCACAUGGGGAUGGUAUUAUUGUUGGAUUUUGGAAUGGAGUCAUAGAGGGAGUAAGAUUGGAUUCCGAUGAUCACAUUUUCGAAUUCAAAAGAAGCCUUCCCCAAAUUAAUUUGACGGAAUCAAAUUCAACCUCAGUCAACGAAACUUCACAGGAAAAAAGAAAUGCAAUUCGCCUUUCUUGCAUUCAAUCAAUUAGCAUACCUAGCACGAAGAGCACAAAUCUUUCUUAUAAAGAUAUGGUUAGGGCUAGAAGGUCUGGUCUUGGGCGGCCAUUAAUAUUAGCUGGUUACGAAGAUGGGACAAUAGUUGCAUUU